UCUUUUCAGCAAGACGGUUAUUCUACAGACAGUGUCAAAAUUAUAUGGGAUGUCUUUUCAGCAAGAGGGUUAUUCUACAGACAGUGUCAAAAUUAUAUGGGUGUCUUUUCAGCAAGAGAGUUAUUCUACAGACAGUGUCAAAAUUAUAUGGGUGUCUUUUCAGCAAGGGGGUUAUUCUACAGACAGUGUCAAAAUUAUAUGGGGUGUCUUUUCAGCAAGGGGGUUAUUCUACAGACAGUGUCAAAAUUAUAUGGUUGUCUUUUCAACAAGGGGGGUUAUUCUACACACAGGGUAUAGUGUUAAAAAAUUGUAUGAGGUGUCUUUUCAGCAAGGGAUUAUUCUACAGACAGUGUCAAAACUAUAUGGGGUGUCUUAAUUUUUCAGCAAGGGGUAUAUUCUACAGUAUUAAAAUUAUGAGGGGUGUCUUUUUCCAGGACAGGGUGCUACUUAGAAACUACUGCAAGGAUUUUCUGCAAAGGGUAUUCAGGGUUAAAGGUCACAGGGUUAAAGGUCACACAUGUAGAUGAAAGUCCACGUGGUGAAGAAGAAGAGAUGGACGAUUCUGUAAGAGCUGCUCGCAGUCUCCUCGAGAACGCUUUGUCCAUGAUGAGCCCACAAAGCAGUAGCUCAAGAAAUGUUACUGAUCGGCAACCACCCCGGCCGAGAGCUCAAGAGGAUCAGCAGCUUCCAGGAAGCUCUCGCUCUGGUACUGAUCGGCAACCUCCGCGGCCGAGAGCUCGAGAGGAUCAGCAGCUUCCAGGAAGCUCUCGCUCUGGUACCUGUAAUGUGCCACAGUUCAUGUCAAGCCGACGUGGUCUAUCACUGCCUACUCGCCGUCCUCCGUGGAUGUCAGAAUAUGGACAAAAAACAGGAACAGGUAAAAAAAAAUCGAAAAAAGUAAAGCUGAGUAUGUGGGAGCACGAAUUUAUUUGUCUGGCAAAUGUGGAUCAGUCAAUUCCUCCAACUCCAAUGGAAAAAGCAGACCUCAUCAAUGCUGGGCUUGGACCAAAGAAAAUCUGUCUAUUUGAAUAUGGCGAGGCAUUUGAGUUCCACGAUGAACUUCUUAAUGCAUAUCCAAAGCUUGUGAAUGCAGGGGGGUAUGAACUGUUACGCACCUUACCCAACAACAAUCGUCAGCUCGGGGUAAUUCCACCGCAAAGUGGAGGCUAUACUGUUCAGUACCUAAAGAAUGUUGUAGGUAGUGCUAAAGUGUUUAUCCGUCCUCUACAGCAGAAAUUAUGUUUGAAACGUGUAUUGGAGAAUAAAGAUCUGGGAAUUGCACCGACUGAAAUAUGCCUAAAAUGUGAUCAAAGCAUUCCAUUGUGUCAACUUAAACAACAUCUCGAUACUUGUAAAAGGUUGGAUUCUCCCCUUCCUCAAGCAUUCUCUGAAGAAGAAGAAUUUAGUUACCUGAGCUCACCACCAGAAUCUCCACUACCGCCAGCUUUUUCCCCAAUUACUCCUAACAACAGUGGUGUACAAGUACAAGACCAUACUCAAUCAUCCCACUUGGUAGACUUGACCCUAGAAAAUGAUAUCUUACUUGCUGUCAAAAACAGUAUGGACGACUUUUGUCAACCAAGAGAACUGAACUGCUUGAGCCAUAUUGUGUUGGCCUUGAGGGCGAAGUGUGGUAUUCACAUCCCUGAUGUCAACAGUGAGGACUGGGAGGUUGCUUCCCGUACUAGUAUUGAUGUGCGACGUGGCUUUGUAGUGGAAGAUGGGAUCAGAGAAGCAAAGAAGAAACGAUUCAAUACGUCCAAUCUUCUCAGAGUCAGUUUUGUGAGUGAGGCAGCAGUAGACACUGGUGGGCCACUGAGAGAAUUCUAUCGUCUAUUUGCAAAGGGGGUAACUGAAAAGUACUGCACCAGCAAUGAGAGUGGCCAAUGUUUUCCGCUGAAGAAUGUUGUUGCUCUGCAGAAUGAGGACUUCAAGAACAUUGGCAAAAUCACCGCUAUGAGUAUUGUACAAGGGGGUUCUGGAAUACCUGCUUUUCACCCUUCAGUGUACCGGUACAUCUGCACGGGGACUUACCUGGGAGUAAGGGAUGAUACAGCUGUUCCAAAUGAACAGGUCCGAACCCUUUUGAGAGAAAUCAAUGAUGCAGAUACGGAUGAAAAACUGAGGUUAAUAUUCGAAGAUGACGAAAAAGUUGGACUCGUGUGCGACACCGGCUAUAGUAAGGCAUUGUGCCUUGCCUCCAUGGCUGACAAGGAUGGGAUCAAGAACGCAUUGAGAGACUACCAUUCCUUGAUUAAGAUCAAAGCGGAACUAGAUCAAUUCACAGAGGGGUUACACACUUGUGAAGUCCUCAAGUAUGUUCAAAACUACUCUGAUUUGAUGCAGCCUUUGUUCUGUCAGCAACCAAGCGUAUUGUCAAAGGACUUCUUUAAGAAGUUUCCGUGUGUGUUCUCACUAACUGAUUCAAAUAGAAAAGCCAAAGAAGAGGCUGCGUACAUCUUCUUCAUGGAUUUUUUGGAAGAAUGUGAAGAUGGAACAUCAACAACAGAGAAUGGGGACAAAGUGACUCUUGACGAUGUUCUCAUCUUUUUCACUGGAGCUGACAGGGAGCCCCCACUUGGUUUCCAGCCUGUACCGACAUUGACCUUCACUGAUGCUGAACUAGCAACUGCCAGUACGUGCAGUCUCCGUCUUCGUCUCCCGUGUAGACAUUCAUCUUAUGAUGUGUUCAGGAGCAAACUAAUGCUGUCUCUGCGUGGAAACGAUGGCAUGGGACUGGCAUGAUUUUAAUUUCAAGAAUACCCUUCACAAUCAUCAUUAUUUUUUUGUUUUGAGUUUUCAUCUCUCCUGGAGUAUAUACUAAUUCAAGAGAUAUUUAUGGACACAAAAUUACUUAUUCAUGAGAUUAUUUAUGGAAACAGAAGUGACAUAAUUAUUAAAUCUUA